AUGCUAAUCAAGGUGCAGAAAAUCAAAGCACUUUCUCGCUCAACGGCGUCGCAGCAGGCCCCCGGGUCUUCUACCGUUCGCCAGGCGCGGAAUCUGGACCCAACCCAACAUCCUUUUGAACGUGCUCGUGAAUAUACUCGAGCUCUGAAUGCGAUCAAGAUGGAGCGCAUGUUUGCUGCGCCGUUCCUCGCACAGAUGGGCAACGGACAUGUGGACGGUGUUUACUCCAUGGCAAAGGACCCCGGUUCGCUAGACCGCUUUGCAAGUGGCAGUGGUGACGGUGUGGUGAAGGUAUGGGAUCUGCCCACACAAGGCGAAGUUUGGGAGACUCAGGGCCACGAAAACAUGGUUAAGGGUCUGUGCUGGACACCGGAGCGAAAGCUUUUGUCCUGCGCGAGUGACAAGACGAUCAAGUUAUGGGAUCCUUACAACUCGUCCAAUGAGGCCCCACCCAUGGCGACCUACCUUGGAAACAGUGCUUUCACCAGUGUUUCGCAUCACCGAAGCCUUCCCUCGUUUGCUGCCGCAUCUGGUGUCAUCUCCAUCUAUGAUCUCUCUCGCCCAUCCUCGACACCGUCACAGACCCUGCACUGGCCCACCAGCGUUGACACCAUCACCUCUGUUGCAUUCAACCAGACUGAGACUUCAAUUCUGGCCUCGACUGCCAUCGACCGCUCGAUUAUCAUGUACGACCUGAGGACUUCACAGCCGGUGCACAAGACCAUCCUCAAACUGGCAUCCAACGCCAUUUCUUGGAACCCUAUGGAAGCCUUCAACUUUGCUGUGGCAAACGAGGACCACAACGCCUACAUCUUUGAUAUGAGAAAGAUGGACCGUGCUCUCAACGUUCUGAAGGACCACGUGGCUGCCGUGAUGGACGUCAACUUCAGCCCUACUGGUGAAGAGCUUGUCACUGCCUCGUACGAUCGCACAAUUCGCCUGUGGAACAGAUCGACAGGCCACUCGCGUGAUAUCUACCACACCAAGCGUAUGCAGCGUGUGUUCUCGGCGACCUUCACGCCCGACAACAAGUACGUUCUGUCCGGAUCGGACGAUGGCAAUGUUCGUCUGUGGCGUUCCAAUGCAUCGGACCGCAGUGGAAUCAAGAGUGCUCGCCAACGUUCCAAGCUGGAAUACGACCAGGCUUUGAUCAAGCGCUACUCGCACAUGCCCCAGAUCCGCCGUAUCAAGCGCCAGCGUCAUGUGCCCAAGCCUAUCAAGAAGGCUGGCGAGAUCAAGCGCGAAGAGCUCAACGCCAUUAAGAGGCGUGAGGAGAACGUGCGCAAGCAUACUAAGAAGAGCGAGCUGAAGCCAAGAACUCACGAGCGUGAGAAGAUGAUCUUGACUAGCGAGCAAUAA